AUGCAAAUCAGGUCGUCAAAAAUGGCUUGCGCGCAAGAUCCACCGGAAGUCAACAUGACCCUGCUCAAGACAAAGGACCUAAAGGGCAAGAGCAUAAGUUGGGAGAUUAUAGAGCUCCCGAUAGACUUUCUGCUGCUGACAAUGAAAGAAUGCGAGUUUUUAAGUAGCCUUUCAUUCCUGAAUCGUGGAUUUACCAAGAGUUAUCACAAAAGAGUAGGAUGUGUGUACUUUGGGUAUAUUGGUGAAGAUGAAGCCACGAAACUAAAAAUUGCCUUGAUAAAAUGCAAUGCGGGCUCUGCCGGUCCUGGAGGCUCCACUGUUGUUGUUAAAAAUGUCGUCGGUGCCUUAAGGCCUAAAGCUGUUAUCAGCGUGGGUUACUGUGCAAGUUUGAACCACCAAAAUGCCAAACUAGGAGAUGUUGUAGUUUCAGCAAAUCUAACAACAUACGCAGCUGCAAGAAUCCAAGAGAAUGGUGAUAUUGAGGAACUUGGUCACAGUGUGCCCCCAAAAAAGCAUCUUUCGGACCUUAUAAAAAGUGUUGAUGAAGGCUGGGAAGCACCUCUAAAAACUCCAGGUGAAUUAGACGUGAAGGUAGACCGCGAUGGGGUAUUUCUGAGUGGGCCUGAAGAAGUCCAAAGCAAGAGGCGAUGCUCCCAACUCAGAAAGCGGUUCCCAAAUGCUGUUGCAAUAGAAAUGGAAGGAGAAGGUAAUACUGAGCUAAUUAAUCAGCAAUUGUUUCUUGACCUCAGGCGUUACAAAAACGUUUCGUAAAGGAUGCCCUUUCUGAAGAGCCUACCGUGAUUUUCUUUUUAUGACACUUGUUAUAUUUUUAGGGCUUUACGCAGCUGCACACGAUCUAGACAUUGAGUGGAUUAUUAUAAAGGGUAUCUCUGAAUACGCGCACAGUAGCAGUCCUCCAGCGAAUUCUUGGAGACAAUUUGCCAGUGUAAUGGCGGCUUCAUUGACUGCUCACAUGCUUAAAGAUCCCAUUGUAUUCCAAGCGUGGCGUCAUUAUGGAGGUGAGGCUUGAAAUCAUUUCCAGGACUAAUGACGCUUUAAAAGAGUUCUUCUCCCUGUUUAGUUUAUUUAUCCCUGUUUAGUUUAGUUUAUUUACCGCCACGUGAGCACGUGCGGUAACGUCGAGCGAGUUGCGAGCGGUAACUCUCUCUAAUAUCAUGACAAAUAGUGAACAAAAAUUGAGAAAAGCAAACAAAGAACUCAAGGACGAAGUAGCGGAGCUUAAAGUGAAGCUAGAAAAGAUCAAUAUUUUUGACAAUGAAAGCAAUAAAAAGGUUACCCUUGAACGCAAAAACUUUAUUAAAUAUCUUGGACUGUUAAUUGAUGAAAAUCUAUCUUGGAAGACCCAUAUUCACUCUGUUGCAAAUAAAAUAAGUAAAACAAUUGGGCUAAUUGCGAGAUUAAGACAUAUUGUUCCCACUUGCACCCUCUUAAAUAUUUAUCAGUCACUUAUUACACCUUAUCUAACUUAUGGUCUUAUCUCUUGGGGCAACGCGUGUAAAACUUUCCUUGACCAAAUUCUUGUCCUUCAAAAACGCGCACUGCGUUUAAUAUAUUUUGCUGAAACAAACGACCACGCAAUACCUUUUUUUGUCAAUGCAAAAAUUCUACCUUUACAGUCUCUAUAUUAUGAAUCCGUUUGUAGCCUUAUGUAUGAUGUAAAUAAAAACACUGCUCCGGUUAAUAUUUCGAAACUCUUCUCUCGAAUUUCUAGUGUUCAUACUUACAACACACGUGCCUCAACCUCUGAACAUUUUUAUACUAAAGAAUCUCGACUCAAUGUCAAACGAAAUGCUUUUUCGCGUGUUGGGGUCAAAAUUUGGAAUGGGAUACCUCAAAUUCUUAAAGAAAGACCGAAAAAAGCUUUUAAAAGAUCACUAAAAGAAAUGCUACUCGAUUUCCUUGAAACUGAAGACUCCUAUAUUGAUGUGGAUACGAUCAUCGUGAAAAUGAAAAAGUAAUUCUCUUGUCCUUUAUUUUCAUUUUAUUUUAUUUUUAAAAUUUCACUUUAAUUAUUGUCCUUGCAUUUAAGUAGAACGUAUCUAUUUAAUGUAAAAUGUAUAUACUUAUAUAACGCCUAAUUUCUUUGUAUUUGUCUAGUUUGUUGUAAAUUAUGUAGCCUGGCCUGCCUCGAAUAGCCUCGCUAACUGCAGGCCAGUCCCAAUGUAUCUUUUGCUAUAUUUUCAAAUUUAAAUAAAGUUGAAGUUGAAUAAAGUUUGGUCAGUAACAGACACAGAAAUCAUACUGAAAGUAUUUCAUUUCGCACAAUACAUUUAAAUUCUCUUUCCCAGCUGAUUAGGUGACUCCAGGCCCCUAUUUUGCAUUCCUUGUUGAUUCCUAAUACAAAUCUGAAUUCUUUCCGUCUGAACGUCUGCUGCUGUUCGGUAUUUCCUCCGCUGUUAUGAAUGGAACCGGCUUACGUGCAGACACAUGCAAAAUGACCCGAUUUCUCGGCAUUUUGGAAAUGGCAGUGAAAUCGCCUCACUAUCAUAAUGAACUAGCCUAAGGUUCGCCAAAUUUGUAUUUCCUUUGACAACAAAUUUAACACGAAUAGCCAAACUUGCAAAAAACGUCUUAGAUGCGGUAAGUUUUAUUAUAAGUUGGUAUAUACAAUAUAAAAUGAUAUAACUAGAAUAUGUUCAUGUUGUCCCUCAGCAGCAUGAGGGCCUUAAACUGCUGAUUAAAAAAUAAAAUUGGAAUUCAAGCUUUAGCCGAUCAACAUCAUUAGGGACGAUGCCGUUGAUCGGCGAAAAGCUUGGAUUCCAAUUUUAUUUUCUAAAAUCAGCAAUUUAAGGCCUCAUUUGAACAAUUUUUUUUAUCUUGAAUGCAUAAAAUAGGGAAAAUGUUUCUUGUCUCAAAAUUCAGGUCAAUGUUCACAGACCCGACUUCUUAAGCAGACUACACCAGCGGUACCUUCCAGAGAGGCCUUGGUUCCUGUGACUAAUAACGCUAGAGGUAAGGGUAGAGACAAAUCAGUCAGACUUAUUUUGUAGUUUGGUUUAGCAUUUCUGCACCCUUUGAUUAGCUGGAAAAUCUUAAAAUCUUUUUUCGAGAGAGAACGAACUCGUUCUUAACUUACUUCCCUUGGUUUUCCCGUACUUCGCUCAUGCAAAACUGACUUCGAAAUCUCAUUGGAAUCUCUGCACGUAUUGUGGAUGGUCAGACGCUGAAACCUUUUACUGUAUUAACAAAUUGACGCCACUGUUUUAUCUUCCUCUUAUUGAUGAUAAAAUGACGUCAUAACAUUGUCAGUGUUGUGGAUCCACGAGCCGCAGGCCGAAUCCGAAUGCCGAAUCCGAAGCCGAAUGCCGAAGUUCGACAAAUGACCGCGUCUUGCAUAAAUUAAAAUUUUAUCAUUCUGUGUGUCCCCCUAUUGAUAAUAAAAGUUAACCAAUCAGCGCGCGAGAUAUAAUCCAGUUAUUAUAAAAAAUUGUUUUGUCUUUAAAACAUCACUUUAUGAUGCUAUGCUAACUUGUUUCAAGUUAUUUACUAGAAAUUAAGAAUGUUAAUUGCAAUCACAUUGAUACAACCUACAUCUUUUCGUUUAUUGGCUUGGUCUGCAUGGAGUCUGUAAAGAAAAAUUAAGUUGAAAAAAUGAAUUUUAACCUCAAAGUCUGAGAUUUAAGUCAUGUAAAUUUCGACUGUAUCGCACAGUCUUCAUCAGCCAAUUAACGCUAGGUGUUAUCUCGUGAAUAAGUCACGUAAAAACAAAUGAUUGAGAAUCGCGGGAAGUUCAAAACCACCAUCUCUGUUUAGGGUUGGACGCUAGCUAGUUGCAUAAUAUGAUUUGGUUACUGAAUUGAUAUUCUUUUAAAAUUGUCAGUCGAAGAAUUUAAUUGGUUGAUCAUGACAAAUCAAAUGCUUGGAUCAAAAAGCUGUUGUUUUGAGCGCUCGCUCUUCGUCAGAGCGAAUGAAGAAAGAUCGAGGUGGAAUUACUAAGGUACUACAAAGCGAUAGAGUAGAGUAAUUCUUAGAAUCACAAAACCAAACAUUGCUUUAUAUUAAUUUUACUAAAAGACACCGACCUGACAAAAUAACGAGUCAAGCCAAAAACUGGUGUUGCGGAAAGGUGUGGGUAUUGUUCGGCCCUUGUAUUACGUCAUUUGAUGAUUGCACCUAAUAACUGUCUCCGACUUUAACGUCAGAGUGCUGUCACACGGGCUAGAAUCCAGUAGCUGAUCACAGUUCUUAAUAAACUCCUCUUAACCCUACUCAGACCGGAGAGCUUUUGAGGUACCCCUCCCUAAAAAGUUGGAUAACAUCAAAACCGUUCAAGCUAUGAUCGCCAAACUUUUCAAGUCGUUGUAACGUGUACCUCAACACUGAUGUUACCAUGGCAACCGACUUUAGACAGCCAUGGUUUUUCAAAAUUUGCAUUUUUUCUAUAAAGAAAGGUUUAUUUCAACCUUUACUUAUUGAGUCGUUAUAUUACACUUAAUUUAGCAUUAUUUUAUCAAACAUAUUAUAACUGUUCAUUUAAUCCAGGCUUUUAAGUGACUAAUUUGAGAAAAAAACAUGAAUUUUAAAUGACCCAAUGACAAAUGCUGGUUACAAUAUUCAGCAGAGUUCAUUUCUCUCUGAAUUUCAUUAGUUGCCAAUUGCUUCCCAAGCAUCCCAUUUUUUACACAGAUAAAAUUUUCUCUCACUAUUACCUCGAUUAAUAGGUUUUUUAAGUAAAAUAGGAUACGUUUAAUUAGUUCAAAAUGGUCUAUUCUAAAUAAUGGAUGGUUCCAGUCCCUUUCUUUCGACGACGGCGACAAGAACCAAUUAACCAUUUUUUUUUCUGAGGCACCUCACUAUUUAAGCAUGUUUUGGUUCAUGGCUACUUUGAGGGAAAUUUGGAUUCUGCGAAUAAAUCCAAAAAUAUCCCGUCAUAAUGGCGUCAAAGUACUGUCAUUGUGUCUAUCAAAUUAUGUUUACAUCAUGUCUGAUAUGAAAAUUAAUGCUUUCGAAAUAACCGAUGGUGUGGUUCCGGAUUUUUUUAAAGGUUUUCCGGCAACUUCAUCAUCCAGUGUUUUAAAGCGAAGAGGAGAAUUCCUAUCAUCAGGUGAUUGAAAUGAUAUAAAUAUCAACUGGAAAAAGUACACUUCUCAUCUAUAUAUGUCAGAUGUUGCCUACCAGCUGGCAAAAGCACAAACAGGAGGAAUAACCCAGAUUAAAGCUCGUUAUACUAUUGACCCGGUGUCAUAAAAACAAAGUCCGGCGUCCUUUCUACAAGCUUCAAAAUUUGGAAGCCGGUUUCUUCUCCAAAUAUGAAACCAGAAAUAAGACCAAUUCUUGUAAGUACUUCUUGAUGAUUUUAAUUUCUACCUCCUUUUUAUCCCUAGAGUCGCCUGAAAAAACAAGUAAAUUGUUGCCAAGCAGAUGUGCCAGUAAUGCCGAACAAUCAGUGGUCUCGAGUUCAAGGACUGUAGAUGGUAUUAUUCUUUUUUUUCGUGAUUUACACAAUUUUAUAUUAUCUUUUUCGAUAGUAAGGUCCACAGUUGGAUAAAAAAAAUAUAAUAUUCCUCACAUCUGAUCAGGAGCUAGAGUGCUGAUGUCGCCAUUAAAAUCAAAUUCUUCACGGUCACGUUCCUAUCAGCCGGCUAGCUGAGAAGGUUCACGACGUGCGUGUUCCGACCAGUUUUGCAAGACCCUCUUCACUCUCACUGAUAAAUGGAGCAGCUUUCCAUUCCAAAUGACUUAAGGGUGCCAAAAACUAUAUCCAUGCUACAUAAUAAUAAAAGGGAUAACGAUUUGAAUUUCUAUUGUUUUUCUAAUUGAAAAAUAUAAUAUGUGUUAGCCAACAUUUUUUCGUAGGCACCUUGCGAUUUAAGCAUGCUUUCCUUUAUGGCUAGUUUGAGGGAAAUUUUGGAUUCUGCUAAUAAAUUAAAAAAUAUCACGUCAUAAUGACGUCCAGUUACGUCAUUGUGUCUAUCAAGUUAUGUCUACACCAUGUCUGAUAUGAAACCAAUGCUUUCGAAAUAACUGAUGGUGUGGUUCCGGAUUUUUUGGGGUUCUCCGGCAACUUCAUCGUCCAGUGUUUUAAAGCGAGAAGGAGAAUUCCUAUCAACAGGUGAUUGAAAUGAUAUAAAUAUCAACUGGAAAAAGUACACUUCUCGUCUAUAUAUGUCAGAUGUUGCCUACCAGCUGGCAAAAGCACAAAUAAAACAGUAGCCUGCGAAAACAUCCGUUUCUUCUCGCUCUUCGUCGCUGGGGACGUUUCGUGCGAAACGUCCCCAGCGACGAAGAGCGAGAAGAAACGGAUGUUUUUGCAGGUUAAUUAAACAGGAGCGAUAACCCAGGUUAAAACUAGUUAUACUUUUGACCCGGUGUCAAAAAAACAAAGUCCGGCUUUCUUUCUAUAAGCUUCAAAAAAACCUUCGGCCAAAGAAGAGGUUUAUACUUUGGUCUUUAUUCUGGUUAAGAAUCUUCAUGAAGAACUACUAAAAUUAAAGAUGGAGGAAAUAUAGGGAUCUCAGCGGAAGUUUUUGUUCUAAAUUGUUGCUAAGCAGCUGUUCCAGUAAUGCCGAACAAUCAUUGGUCUCGAGUUCAAGGACUGCAGAUGGUAUUAUUCAAUUUUUUCGUGAUGUCAAGUUACGUCAUUGUGUCUAUCAAGUUAUGUCUACAUCAUGUCUGAUAUGAAACCAAUGCUUUCGAAAUAACCUAUGGUGUGGUUCCUGAUUUUUUUAUAGGUUCUCCUGCAACUUCAUCGUCCAAUGUUUUAAAGCGAGAAGGAGAAUUCUUAUCAACAGGUCUUGAAACGAUAUAAAUAUCAACUGGCAAAAGUACACUUCUCAUCUAUGUAUGUCAGAUGUUGCCUACCAGCUGGUAAAAAGACAAUCAGGAGCGAUACCCAUGUUAACGCUCGUUACACCGGUGACCUGGUGUAUACAAACAAAGUCGGGCGUCCUUUCCAGCUUCAAAAUUUGGAAACCGGUUUCUCCCGCAAAUAAGAAACAAAAAAUAAGACCAAUUCUUAAAAGUACUUCUUGACGAUUUUAAUUUCUACUUCCUUUUUAUCCCUAGAGUCGCCUCCAAAAACAAGUAAAGUGUUGCCAAGCAGCUGUGCCAGUAAUGCCGAACAAUCAGUGGUCUCGAAUUCAAGGACUGCAGAUGGUAUUCAAUUUUUCCGUGAUUUACACAAUUUUAUAUUAUCUUUUUCGAUAGUAAGGUCCACAGUUGGAUAAAAAAUAUAAUAUUCCUCACAUCUGAUCAGAAGCUAGGGUUCCAUCUUAGAAGACUUUCAGACACUGAUGAUGUCGCCUUUCAAAUCAAAUUGCUCACGGUCACGUCUCUAUCAGCCUUUGAACAGGUUCACGACGUGCGUGUUCCAACUAGUUUUUGCAAGAACCUCUUCACUCUCACUGAUAAAUGGAGUAGAUUUUCAUUCAAAAUGACUUAAGAGUGCCAAAAACUAUAUUCAUGCUACAUAGUAAUAAAACGAAUCAGUUCUAUUGCUUUUCUACUACUUGGUACAUCAUAUUACAAAUGAAUUCCUCCAUCCAAUACUUUUUCAAUUUAUGGGACCACAACAUUGCAGCAGGCUUACCUGUUGCUUGUUGUUAUAUUGCGAGUAACUGCCGAAAACAAAAGCCCAUAAGACGGCAUAUUUUUCGUGGGCUAAAUUUCAUCCCGCACGGCCUUAUAGCUCUUUGUUGAACUUCAUCUGAGUUAUAUCCAUUUAUUGCAGAUUUGAUCAAAGGUGGUAUCACAGAAAAUAAUGUUUCAAUAGAAGAGCUGUCUUUGAUGCUUGCGAAACCGCUGCUCUGCGUCGAAAGCGACUUACAGAGUCCUGUACACAGUCUUGUCUGAUAAAUUCGUAAACGUAGCUGAGAAUUUUUACAGCUGGUGCUGCCGUAACCGUCUCGUACCACUUCCUGGGUAAAAAGAGUACAAGAUUUUAAAGUGUGGUCGAUUCACUAGGUCGCUGCAUGCAAUUAAUACUUGGAGAGACUAUGGUGCACACCAUACCGUAUAGCUUUUCGUGGCGCUAAGAGUAAUACACGCUCGCUAUUAAUUCCACCAGAGGGAACCCAGACUCACAACAGCCUACUGGAAGCCAAUUUAUAAAGAUUUGUAUGGGAAUUUAUCGUAGGAUCGAUAAAAAUUAAAUUUAUCGUAAGAUAGUUAAAAUGUACAUAAACAGCUAUUAAGUAUACAUACCUCAUCAAGAGUUGUGUCUGUGUUGUUUUCUUACUGUUUCCUGCCCUAUAAACGCCAUUUUAGGAAGUUUAACGUUUUGAUUUUUCACUACUAAGAAGAAGACAAGGGAAAACUCGGCUGCCCUACGCUGCCCAAAGAAAAAGUAGCAAAAAUUACCUUUCUUCCACUCCAAUCGCUCCAAAUCUUCGCUUGAGCAUAGAUCGAAGAUUUUCCUUCCUGAAAAAUGUCAAUUUAGUUCCAAACAUCCAGCCAUGACCUCAAUAGGAGGAGAAAUUUGGAACCGCUCUUCUUCGUGGUGUACUCAACUUCUUCGUGGUGUUAUCAAUAUUUCGGAAGGCACGGCCUUCCUUCUUAAGGGUCUUACAUACAAUGAUGAGGUUAAGCUGAGACGUUACAAUUUGAAAUCAGCCUUGCUUCUUUUUUUCGAUAUCUCAACGUAUAGCUGAUUGGAUCCUUUAUUAGGAUCCGGUCCUUGUUUUUGUAACGUUGGUCCUUGCUUCCAAUUUACCUUGGGUUAGUAGCUACGCCGCACUUUGAAAAUCCCCUCGACGGGGACCCGUGUUUUUCCUGCCACUUUUUUGAAAAUGAGCGAAAGUGUUCCCUGGGCUCCCCUGCGAAUCUGGUUUUGGCGGUUUCACAUGGGUUGAUUUUUCCCCUGUCCAUCCCUGCCGAGGCGAUUUUGAACGUGCAGUUUGGCUACUAAAAGCCAAGAGCAACGGCUAUCGGUAUACGUAGUUCAUCGGUAGUACUAGUGGCAUCUAAAGAUGGAAUGUUCCCAUUCACAGAAACAUAACUCCACCUCAUUCAGGAUUUUACCAUCGCAUUCCAUUCAUUCUGUUGACUGUACCCCACCACCUGCGGCAGUCGUCAUUCCUUAGAUGCUGGACUUUGUUUUUAUGGUAUGUUUUCUAACUUUCUGCACCACACGCUAUGGAAAGCAUUCAAUAAGAUACAUUGAACCCUUCUUAUGGUCAAAACUGAAUAAAAACCUGCGAGAAUCUACUACCUUAGCUUGUUUUAGCAAUUAGAAAACUCGAUUUUUCAGAAUAUAUAUUUUAAUAUUUUUAACUGCUGCAACUUUGGUGCGAAUAGACAACCAUUAAAUCUUUAUUGUAAUACGUAUUUUCGGGAGCCUAUGCUCCUGGUAUUUCAGUAUUGUAAAUAUUGUAGCAUCUUAGUAGUGUAGGGUUUAUUCAAAGUAUGUUAAUUAUUUUAGCACUGUAGUUUUCAUUUUGCUUGUAGCAUUUUAGUAGAAUUUUUAGUUCCAGAAAAUAUCCAUACCCCCCUUCCACGCAGGACAAUUUUGCUUUAGACCCGUCACCCUCCGCCGAAUUUCCAUUCCAGGGGUUUUUUUUCAGACCGCCACUCCCUGGAAUUUCCAACUCGGUUUAGCAACCCCUGGAAAGACUAUUUCCGUCAAAAAUGCUGUUGCACUGUACUACUAUGCGAAAGAUGAUUGUUCCUGCGAUAAAGAAAUAGAGAAGUUAUUCAUGUUAAUACAGCGUCUAAUAAUUUCAAUUUUACCUUGUAAAGACCUGUAAAGGUCUUUGUCAAUUAAUGAUUAACGGCAAGGCACUGAGAAACAUGGAGGUGAUACCUUACACGACACAAAUGAUGCCAUCUGUAAAAGAACCUUUUAGAUUCAAACUAAACGCCGAGUCCCCGAGUGGGGUUUCUUUACUUGUCUUUCCUAGAACCCAACAGGAUUUGUACGUUGAACACAGGGGGGGGCCCCACGACUUAGCGAAAUUUCGUGUACCUAUGAUCCACCGAUUUAUGACAUCACAUCCGGUUGCAGAGUUGCUGCUCUGUUUUCGCGCGAAGCACCAAGAUGGACGCCCGAUGCUAUUUGGUUUUUUCGUUAUUUUAAGCAACAGGCUAACGGAAUUAUGUCUCUUGAAUGCCGAGAAUGUUGAGAAGGUAUCUAGUCGGCCUUUCAAGCAAAUGUCAUGACCAAACAAAGAAGAUUUAGUAUUAUUUUAAUGAUAAAUAUCAUGCAGCUGCGUGGAAUGUCAUGGCGAGUCUUGCGACGUUUCAAAACGAGUGUCGUUGACGUUUUUCGGCUGGUGCGGCCUAUGAUUUAGAGAAGUCAUCAAUCAAAAUAUAAUUUCCUAAGUGGAAUAGAAUGGGGAAAACGCCGAUGGCCACAGUUUAAAGUGUUCACCGCUGGAAGGCUGGAUCACGCCCCGUAAAGUUGCAGAAACUUGCACUCAACUGCAUGGUUUUGAGGAACGUCAUGGUGAGUCUUUCGCUGUUUGUAAUCGAGCGUCACUCAAGAGUUUGGCUUUCGCGGCUUCUGAUUCAUCAAAGUCAUCAAUCAAAAUUGCCUAUCCUGAGCGAAAUUCCGUGGAGAAAAAGCUUAUAGUCACAGUUUAAAGUGUUAACAGCUGGAAGGCUUUAUAACUCGACGUAAAGUUGCUGCAAGGGCUCAGUCUUCUGCUGUUCGAAGACCCUCUGGCAUGAUGUCGCAUAGAUAAGGUUAGUAGGUUUGCUGAUUUUUCUUUUAGUGCACGUGAGAGAAUUACAAGGAGCGUAGAGUAGCGAAAUAUUAGAGUUAUUCAAUGUUAGAGCGUGAGCUUUUAAUAGUUAAGAGAAUUAGAUAAUUUUUUAAAUGAUUGAUGAAAGGGGAAUUCUUAAAGAACAGGUGGUUACUAUUAGAAAAGGGCAGUAAAACAUCCGAAAGAACUACCCUUUUUCUCACAGCACUUUCUACUGGAUCUCUAAAACUGUAUUUUAUUGUGUAAGAAACACAUAAAAUAGAAAAAAUGUGACAGAGAAUAGACCGUUUGCUUUGGGAGGUGGUGCCCCAGGAGAGGUGGAGAUAUUAAGAGGGCCUACACCAAGAAGAACAAUAUUAUAACAAAAACAAUAAUCUUGUUGAUCAAUUAUUAUUACUAGUAGCCUUUUUUGAGUACGAUAGUAUACCAGAAAGAUACCACAUGCCUGCAAUUGCUGUGAUCAUAAUUUAUUGUUUUAGAGGGAGGCAUGCAAGGUUUUUGCUUAGGGGAUUUCAGGGGUGGUAACAGCACACCUACACUGUAUGACAGAGUGCAUUGUUGCUUAUGGGGGAUUGUGAAACUUAAUGACAGCAAACUUAAUUUGCACAGAUAAGCAAAAUUGCAUUGCCAGUUAUUUUCUCUCUGUGUGGUAGGGGAUAGACAGUUCAAUUACAUGUGAAGGACUGGAAGUAUAUUUUUUGCCAAUUUUCCCUUGCCGAGCCUUAAAAUCCAUAUUGUAAGACAGUUGUGCAUAAGGGAUAUUUGCAUUAUUUGAUUCUAGGAUCCUUAAAAGUUGUAAGGAGAGGGGGUCUUCAUGGCCAAAACAAACAAAAAGUAUUUUAUAUGAAACUUGAAUGAAAUUUCUACCUGGUAGGGAGUUGUUGGGAGAAAAUGGCCUCCCUGGAAAAAGGAAGGAUAUUUUUUGUUCUGUAAUAUGAAAAUUUCAUCUUAAGACUUGCACUUUUUGUUACUAGAAACAAUACAUGUAAGCGAUGGAACCAAAAUUCGAAGGUUACUGCAAUAAUUCACUUCAGUAGAAUGGUUUUUCUGUUUCCUAAUAACAAUGUUUUUACUCUGUAACUUUUUAAUAAGGUUGACAGUGGUCUUCUUUUAUUACAAUGUUGAAUGGCAUGCCUGAGGGGGAGGGGUAUGUACCUGUAGCUGGUGGGGCAAAAGGGAGUAUCCAACAGAGAGUUCAAACCUUUUUAGGACAAACAGUCACCCAGUGCAGCUUUGAGUGAGCCAGUGAUCAUUUUUUUUCUUUUGGCCAUACAUGGACAGUAUUUUUAUUUUUUGCUUUAUACUUCAAUUUAAAUUUUUUCCUGUGUUUUUGGGUACGAAAAUGUAUGAUAAUGAGUAUGACACAAAGGAAACUAAAAUUAUGCAGGGAUAAAAUUGAACCAUAAUAAUAAUGAUAUACAGCUGUGUAUAAUUAGUAUGUAUACAACAGUUUUUCUUCUAGUGUUAAAGGAAAUACUGAAAUUUUAUUCACCUACUUUAUUUGAUUGAUCAAUGAUAUUAUUUUUGUUCUAAAAAAAAGAAACAUCAAAAUAUUUUCAAUAAAUUACAUGUAUGAAUUUUAGAAAUGUGCAAACCAGCCCUGAGACAUUCAAGCUGUAUUUAUUUCCUUUUUCCAAAAAAAUAUCCACAUUCCUUGUUAUUGACUAACGUCCUUUGAUCCUGUAUUUGGCUCAAAAUCUUAGUGCUUAGAUUCACAAUGCAUUUUUGAUUCUUUUCCAGUAUCUACUGAAAAAUACAGUCAAAUAUAUACCAUCUCUUCUUAGUUGUAUCCUUGACAACAGGCUUUCAAUGCAAUGUUCAAGUUGUUUUAACACACAAUCCCCCAACAAGUGAAGGUCUAGGAAAUAUUGGGUAAAUGUAGAUAAUUAUAAACAUCUUUUUUGUGUCAAAAAGUGUUUACACUCCUAUUUCAAUCUUCAAAUGGCUUGAUUUGCAUGAAAAGAGUGUUUUUUUUUAUUGUUCAGUAGCUCUCGGCUCAAGUUUAUAUCUUGAUCCCAUCAAUGUAUCUUCAGUUUUUACCAGAGGUUUCAGUGGUUUCAAAACAAGCCAGUGACCACCGGAGUUCCAUCGGCUACUUGAUUGUAUGUUGCCAGCAAUUCCAGUGCCCCCAGCCUCCAGAUUCGGCUGCCUACUUUAAAACAUUUUGAAACCCCUGAAGGUUAGCUACUGACGGUGAGCUAGUAUAAUUUUACAAAGGAACCCUACCAAAGGAUCAGAAAGCCAAGCCAAGUAGUGUAGGAUAAAGACUGAUCAUCUCAAAACCCACUCCCUAUUCCAUGGCACAUACCUGUAUAGAAGUACCAUAACCUUCUCCCUGGGUGUUAAAGUAACAGUAAAGAGGGGUUUCAGGUGUAGCCUCUUGUCUUUGUUUUAUUUUUCUGAUUUGCUACAACCUUUGCUCCUCUGUGGGGAAAGAUGGUUUGGCAAGAGAAAAGCAGAAGACAGUUUGAUCAAAGGAUUUAUUAAUUCACAUUUUGCUAUUCCAUCUGUUAAGAGGAUUUUCUAACCAGGCCCGGGUUGCUCGAAGCAUGGUUAGUGCUAACCAGCGUUUAAUACCAUGGAAACCUAUACAUUUUGAUACCUCUUAACCAACGGUUAGCGCUAACCAGGCUUCAAGCAACCAGCCCCAGAUCAUUAAAAUAGUCUGGAAUUUAUUAAAGCUGAAAAUAAAAAUACAUGCUGUUCUUGUGGUUCCUUUAAAAGACAGCCUUAAAUAAAUUGCAGGUCUGAAAAAUGGAGUUGUAAAUAAGCUCAUCUGGCUAUGUUAAUUUUUGAUAAUCUUUUUUUCCAUCAAAUUUAAUUACUAGUAAAAACCUGCAACCAAGAACCUGUAUUUUCCCAAGUUAGCCUAAACAAGUCAGGUUCUUAAAGAAAAACUAAUUAGCACAGAUUUUGGCUAUUUAGGUUCAGUCUCAAAUAGGUCCUUAUUUUCUGAAAAAAAAAUACUUUGUAGCUUUGAGCUAAAAGUAUUUAGUGGCAUUCAGCUCACAUUGCAGUCAGAGUAAUAAUAAAUAUUAUUAGACACCUAUGUCUCAAAAGAGGACCCUGAAUGUUGACUUAUCUUACUUUCCCAAGUGUACACUGUGCAGAAGCUUUUUCUAAGAAAUUUUAUAAAUAAUGGUAAUAGGACUGAGGGGAGUCCAAUUCAGUCUGUAAUCAUACAAGUGUUACAAACUUGGACAACCACGAAGCAGGAGUCAGAUUUGUUUAAUCAUGAGUAUGAUUACAGAUUGAAUUGGACGACACAGAGUCCUGUUACCAAUUAAUAAUUAUAACCGUUACAAUUUCCAAGAAAAUAGAUGCAUUCCUUUUUGGUGAAAGAGUGUUUGUUCAUACCAACCGUCCAAAGUAAGGGAAAAUAUCACUGGUGGAGACACUGCCUAAAUGUUGCAUAUUCAUCCAUUUUGGAUUAAUCCCCAGUUUGUUUGGGUAAGUGAUUGUUGCUAUGCUUAUCAUGACAACUUCUGUGAUUGGUGGAUUUAGCUGAGUGCAUUUAAUAUGAUUGGCUAACAUAACCGUCCGAUUACAGGCAACUAUACACAAUGAUUAGAGAAAAAUAAAGCAGUUAAUGCACCAAUCAAAUUUGAGGAAAUUGUAAUGGUUAUGAUUAAUAACCUGUUUCAAAUUUGAGUGCUCUUUUAUAAAGACAGCCUAACUGGAAAAUUUUAGCCUGACAGGUUCUUAAAACCAGUUUCUCAGUUGUGGAUUUUUCCUGUAUCCUUGUUGAGCUUAAUACUGCACAUCACUAUGCUGGGUGUCAGCCAAUCCCUUUUUUGUUUCUCCAUGUCAGUGAGGUCAGAUAGGGAUUUACAUUUGGUCUUCUAGACCAUGGUGCCUUUAAUAGAAAGCUUUCUUCUCCUAAUCAGGAUCAUAUUAACCAUCCUUUACUCUGACUGAUUAAUUGAGGGAUGAAAAACACUAAGGGAUGAAGUUGUCAUGACACAAUCACCAACUCCUUUCCACAGGAGGAACAGAAUGCUUAGGGAUGGAAAAUAAACAUGAGAAACUGACUGAAGUAUAGAGAGUAUUCACAUGACGUCACGGUCCCAAUACAAUGAAACAGAGACCAUGUUGGUGUCCCAAACUAACAAGCCAAGUGAGUGAAUACCCUCUGUUAAAUUCAAGGUUAGUUUGGUUUCCUAUAGUUACAUCUAGGGUGUUUGCCUUCGUUUCUUCAAGGGAAAUAUGUGCAGCACAGCCUCCCCCCCCCCCAGAAACCUUGAUUUCUUCAAAGCUGCUUAGUGCAAGAUCAUUAGUUUCAGUCUUUCCUGUGAAGUUUUUUAAGUCUUACGAAAAAAACUACAGUUAACACAGUCAUCUAGUUAAAAUUUGCUGAUCCCUGACAUGAAAGUGAAUGUCAGGGAAACAGACACUUAGCCUUGAGGUCCUUGAAAGAGAGUUGGCAUGUAAAGUCAAGAAAUGUCUUACCAGGGACCAGCUUCGAAGCACACUACUGUACACUGGCCUAGAUACUGUCAGAGGAUUCCAUCUAAACAGAAUUGACAUCCUGAACCAGCUCAACAUGAUUUCAGUGUCUUCUGUUGCUGCAGAUUUUCCAUAAACCAGAAAAGUGUAUUCCUCGAAAUGUCAGCAUUCUUCCUUCCUUUUAACUUCUUUGACAGUGAGUUGUACUUAACAUAAAUGCUUUAUGGCUCUGUAACAACAUUUCUGUCCUCAUGGACUCUCACCUCUCUUUACGAGUUGUGUGGUAGAUAUACUUUUUAAUACUUCUUGAUAUUCUCUUGUUUGUGCUCUUCUGUCAUCUAUUUUUGUCUUCCCAGCUAAGCAACAUAAAAUACAUAAUUUAAACAUUAAUGCCCAGAGGACUAGCCUGUGCCACAGACAGAACUAAACUUCUGGUUAAGUCCCCCUGUGAGACAGCACUGAAAUCCUGCUUCUGGGCACCCCGUGGCCCACCUGUGAACUAGCACUUGCAUAUGUGCUAGGAUUGGCCUCUUAAAAAUACCAUUAUCAGUGUGCCAAUCAGGUUGAAGGGAAUAUCGAAACACAUUGUGAUUGGCAGCCCAGAAUAUUGGCACGGCUUUGCAGACCGGCAAUAGAUUAUGUCUGCGACACAGGCUACACAGACAACCAGACUUACAGUGUAGGAUUUAAAUAUAUAUUGUUUAUAAAUUCAAAAGUAAGACAGCAUAUAUUGAAGUCUUUAAAAAUACACAAAAUUCAUUUUUUAUACCUUAGAUAAUCAUCAGAUAAAAUAAGGUGCAGUACAGCAUUAUGAAUGACCCUAACUGACACUUAAUUCAUAGCAUGCAAUUUACAUCAAGAAAUACAAGUAAUUACCAAGCCAAAAUAUGUGUUUUGCUGCAGGAAACUUCUAACGUGUUCUAAAGUAACUAGACCUCUUAUUGAGGUUCAUAUUACAGCUCUAGUGAUCCCUUCAGACCUUCAAACCUCUAAAACAGUUAAAACAGCUCUUUUGUUUUUCACUUUAAUUUCAUUCUUUUUUGAUUUACUAAUUAAUUACAUAACUAUAAUCACUGUAAAUCAUACUUUUUUUUUUUCAACUGUAAAGGUCAAGAACCAAUCAACACAUGUUCGGGAGCGAUACAUUUUUAAAUAAGUGUUGUAGUUAUCAGUUAAGAUAAGGAGUAAUUUCGAACUAGUCAUUUUGACAAUAUGACUUGUAGUGCAUAAGGGUUUCUUUUCAGGUGCGUUACACUUGCAAGCUUAGAAAAAAAGGAAGGGCACAAACUUUCUUGAUUUCUCACAGAUAAUGACAAAUUGGACUACUUUUGGGCUUAAGGCUUGUUCUAAACAUAAAUCUUCAAAGGCAAAUUAAAUGCUAAAAAUCCAACACUAACCUUCCAGAAGCACGCAACAUGUGACAAUUUCGAAAGUAGUUGAGUAGAGCUUUCAGCAACUUUACGUCGAGUGGCAAAGCCUUCCAGCUGUUAACACCUUAAAAUGUGACCAUAGGCUUUUUGUCCACGGUAUUUCGCUCAGGAUAGGGUAUUUUGAUUGAUGACUUCGGUGAAUCAGAAGAUGCAAAAGCCAAAGUCUUAAGUGACGGUCGAUUAGACAGAGAAAGACUCACCAUUACAUUGCUCAAGCCGUACUGGCGAGAAGAGCUUUCAGCAACUUUACGUCGAGUGCCAAGCCUUCCAGCUGUUAACACUUUAAACUGUGACUAUAAGCUUUUCUCCACGGUAUUUCGCUCAGAAUAGGCAAUUUUGAUUGGUGACUUCGAUGAAUCAGAAGCCGCGAAAGCCAAACUCUUGAGUGACGCUCGAUUACAAACAGGGAAAGACUCACCAUGACGUUCCUCAAAACCAUCCAGUUGAGUGCAAGUUUCUGCAACUUUACGGGGCGUGAUCCAGCCUUCCAGCGGUGAACACUUUAAACUGUGGCCAUCGGCGUUUUCCCCAUUCUAUUCCGCUCAGGAAAUUAUAUUUUGAUUGAUGACUUCUCUAAAUCAUAGGCCGCACCAGCCGAAAAACGUCAACGACACUCGUUUUGAAACGUCGCAAGACUCGCCAUGACAUUCCACGCAGCUGCAUGAUAUUUAUCAUUAAAAUAAUACUAAAUCUUCUUUGUUUGGUCAUGACAUUUGCUUGAAAGGCCGACUAGAUACCUUCUCAACAUUCUCGGCAUUCAAGAGACAUAAUUCCGUUAGCCUGUUGCUUAAAAUAACGAAAAAACCAAAUAGCAUCGGGCGUCCAUCUUGGUGCUUCGCGCCAAAACAGAGCAGCAACUUUGCAACCGGAUGUGAUGUCAUAAAUCGGUGGAUCAUAUGUACACGAAACAAGUACUAGGCGCUAUUGGAGUCGUGGGCCCCCCCCCUGGUUGAACACCACUUGUAUAAUACCGCAACAGCUAAAUAACCGGAAGUUUAUUCAUCAUUCCGAUUCGAUGAUUCAGCCGAUCGUAAAUAAAAAAUCAACGAUGAAAUUAAAAGACUGUUAAAAGUAAAAUAACUGACAGCUUGCUUAACGGAGCAGCUGCUGGUUUUUAACAAAUCACGAAUCUUACUCGGAACUCCCGAAAAAAACUUUCAAUAACACCCCCCCACCCCCUCGAAGGUUGCCUCCCUUUGGACCCCUCCCCCCUCCGUCGCCGGGGGGGAGGGGCGGAGAGGGCGAUAUGGACAUCUUCUGUAGCCUGAGUAUCAGGCGUUUUGGGGCAAAAGGGGAAAGAUGGAAGCGAAAAAGGGAGAGAGCUGAAGGAGAGAAACGCCUUCCUUUCUCUUCUCCCCCCUCCCCCCUACCCCAUCUAAAAUCUUCCCUCCACUACCCCCUUAGGAAGGCCUGAUACUCGGGCUACAUCUUCUGUGACUGUUUCCCCAAGCAUCAAGCCCUAUUUGGGGGCUAAAUUAUGACACUUUAAUAAACGUUCUAUCUAUCUAUGAUUUCUGCAAUUUAUUUCUGCAAUUUCUUGUUGUACUUUGUGCCUCAGUGUCCGCCAUAAAGGCAGAUUUUGUUUGUUGAAAGGCUUUCCAAUUAUCCGAGGCUUGUCGCUACGGUUACACUUUGUACUUUGUACUGGAUACGCUUGUGUCCACAACUGGGAUCAAGAUGGAAAUAAUAAAUCUGAGUUCAAAACAGUCCAAAUUUAAUGAAGAAACAACAUUACACAAUAAUGAAAUGAUCAACCUCGUCUGGGGUUGACGCCAUUUUGAAAACCGAGUAGACCGAGAAGCUCCCGUGGUAUGUAUUCGUGAUCACGGAUCUCGCAAUAAUUUAUGAAUUCCGGGAAGUACGUAGCCGUUCAUCCGAGAAGGGAUUUUUCCCUGGGACUUUCCCUUCAUGUUCCUUUGAUUCAUCGACAUUUUUUUGAUGAUAAGAAAUAUCUAAGUGAUUCUUCUUUAGCGAGGAAGUUUCUUCAGCUUUUUUUUGCCUAUCCAUAUUCGGAGGAAGCUGGAGGACUGACUCGAGUGAGGCUGCUCGUACGAGUAAAGCCGCGCCGCGGACUCGGGGGAGUAUAAAGCUUGUUGUCACGUCACGCGAUCUUAAACACCAACAAGGUAACUACGAUCUUCGCUUCUUCCCUAACAAUCCAAUUCUCAGACGCCAUAAACUGAGACAAAAGGUAUAUCAUUUGAUCUUACAUCUUUUGAGGUAAUUAACUGUUACUUAUAGUUCCCUUUGAUACCCUUUAUUGACGCUCUAUGCCUGAAACGAUCCAUCGUGCAAACAGGAAGAAAUAUCGAAGUCGACAAACUACGCUUAUGUUUGAGACACGGUCUACAUGCUUUUUAAUUUCCUUUACAUUUUGCUCAAAAUAUUUAUAAAACCAAAAACUUUACCUCAGUUUAGCCAUUUCUAUUAUUUAUGCGCUGAAUACAGUGAGAUGGCUGACGCGGAAUGUCCGCAAGUCGGCGAUCCUGAAUUUUUCUUGUCGCCAUUAAAGGUUGUGUUUACACAGUGGAACCUCGAAAAAACGAAAGGCCAAGGGACUGGCAAAAAUUGUGCGCUAUAACGAGGCUUCGUUAUAUCGAGGUUCUUUUCCAUAUAUUUUACUAUUAUGGGGCUAAAGAAAAUCGUUCGUUUCACUGAGGACUUCGUUGUAUAGAUCGAGGUUCGUUUUAUAAAAUUUAUAUCGAGUUUCCACUGUAUCUUCCGCCUUCAUGAAAAAAUUAAAAAAAUAAUAUGUUAAAUAUGUUUAUACAUAAGGGGCUAUAUCCUGCUUUGUUACACUAUUUGCAAUCUUUUUAAAAAAUUGAGACAGAAUCCACCAGGAAAUUGAGUAAUUUUAAUUUUCAGUGAGCAAAAACCUGGUACCAGAAUAAUUUGAAUAUUUACAUUAUUGUUAUUAUUAUUAUAAAAGAACUGCAUUCGUUUUUUGAAGGGCUAAAGAUGUACUUUAAUAGUCAUCUGUAAUAACACCAAAGAAAAUUUCUCAUGGGAGUGCGAGAAAAUGAAUGUCCAAUUUCACAAGAAUUGUGAAAACAUAGGCAAAAUUCCAAAAAUUUCAUGUCACAUGUGUAAGAUGUAAUUAUUUGACAUUCAUUUUCUUGGGCUCUCAUAAGAAAUUUUCUUUGGUGUUACUAGUUUACAGAUGACUAGUUACAUCUUUAGCCCUUGAAAAAUGUAACAAAGAAUGCAGUAUGCUUUACAUUAUUCUGGUACAAUGUUUUUGUCCACUGAAAAUUAAAAUUACUCAAUUUCCUGGUAGAUUCCGUCUUAAAACGUGUUUUGGCACCAGCUGAAUUCCAAAAAUAAUGAUCCAGUUUGAUAUUUAAGGCAAUAUUAUAUGUAGGUAUAGAAACUCUUUCCUGUUGUCUGUUGCCAUAGAUGGCAAGGGAUGGAUUACAACUUAUGCUGUGCCUGCAAAAAUCACCAAAAUAUCAUGACUGCCUGCUCCCUGGUGAAAUUUGUUUGAUAUUUUCUUCAAAACUCUACAGGAUCAUUUUGUGUUUGUUGUCGGCAGUAAUGCACAGAAAUGACCAGAAAUAGCAAUAUCCUCAUGACAUAGCCCCUUUAAAGCCCAGGGGAUAAUUGACCAAUAUUUGGGUAUAGGUGAGCCGCUGAGGGUUUGAAACCGUGACCCUGGCCUGUUGUGGACUAAACAAUCCCGAAAUCCAUACCCUGCUUUGGGCAACAACCUCAACUUUAUUACCUUGUUUAGGACAAAGGACAAAAUGCAAGCUUGUUGCAUGUUGUAAAGACUUUAAUUGGCAAUUGCAAUAGAGAGGAAAAGUCGUUACGUCACAUUCCCAUGGUAGCAAAACGUCACUUAAAAAGUAGAUUCACACUGUUUCAAACUUCAUUGAUCUUAUUUUUAAUUUCAUUUAUUUGUCAAAUGUUGGCGAAAUUUUCUGGGUUAAAUCCAAAAGGACCUUAUGUAAGUUUAGAAAAAGAAAAACAAAAUUUUUGUGUUGUGCUCACCUACUCCACAAAGGGGGCACGUGAAAUUUUCAUGUCGCGGUCACGCAACAAUGGCUAAGAAUUGUACAAAAAAGCAUAAUACAAGUGCAGAGAUGUUUGUCUGCCAAUCUAAACCUAUUGUUUUUUUGCUGUUUGCCGUCGCUGUUGCAAGAACUCCCUAUUGUUUUCAUCUAGAAAUUUUGCUACCAUGGUAAUGUGAUGUCACACUUCUCCUCUCUAUUGAACAAAUUUACAUUUUAGUCAUUACUUUUGUAUAAUUGGAGUACAAUUUCCUUGAGCAAAUAAACUCCUGAAUCGUGCAGGCAAUACACUGUUUACAAUCAAGACAGUCUGUUAAGCAGGGCCCGCACAGCAGUUUCUCAAGUGCGAUGGGCUGCUAGAUUCAAGUACGUAAGGAGGUGGGUGGGGGAGUGGUACGAAGGGUUUUCUAAGCUCUUUCAUAUGGCUCUAGCAAUAUAAGAACGCUACAAUCAACAGAAUUGGUUUAGCAAAGUACGAAUUGAUGCUCUAGCCAAAAAGUUGAAUGCAUUGUGUUUUCCCUUUUUUUUGAGAAACAGCAUGAAAUUACUGUCGCUCUUUUUCGGCUUUCUUUCAGCAUUCCGAUUCUUUGCUCACAAGUUUAGAUCAAGUCAAGUGCCUCUAUAUGUUUACGGGAUUGCAGGCUGAAUUGCAUAUGUUUUUAGCAAGAAUGUGCAGUGCUAAGCCUGAUCUGCCGCUUUAAAUAUCUACCUAAUCAUGAUGAUAAUAUUACAGUGAAACUUCUAUUAAGCGGACACCUUCAGGACCUACCCAAGGCGGGGGUGGGGGGGCGCUUUAUAGAGGGUGUCCGCUUAAUAGAAGCUUUAAAAAUUGCGCAAUGUUUGUUAACGAUUAACAUUCAACGCUUACUCUGUACUGUGAUAAAGUUCUAUGUUGUUAAGGAAGCUGUGCUGUACUUUGAUUUGUGCAAGACUUGAGGUGGACUUUGAUCGCGGAUGACAAUCAUACGGCUUGAUGUUGGCCCAAUUUACAGUUUUUGACAGCUAAAUGCAUCGAUUUAUCUUUAAUAAUCGACUACAGUACGUAUUUCAUGGACGUAAUCCAGUACUACUCAGUAUUGUUCAAUUCAGUCCGGUGUCUGCUUAAUAGAGGUUUUUAACUAUAGAAAUUUAUUUCAGUGCCCGCGUCCGCUUAAUAGAGAGGUAUCCGCUGAAUAGGGGUUCGUUAUAAAGGGAAAUAUAAGACGUUAAUUUCGGGAACCGGAUUAGUGUCCGCUUAAUUGGGGGUCCGGUUAAUAGAGGUUUCACUGUAAUAGCUGCAUAAUGAAAUUAGUAGCUGCAUGAUACAGAUAACUUGGUCAUCACGUACAUCCUUGUUGCGCGAAAACUGUAUCCUUAGUCUUGUAUCAAAAAACUAAUUUAGCGAAGAAUUUAAGGAAAUUAUUAUUAUUUUUAUUUCGCCAAAAAGAGGGGUAAGUCCCUUCCUGGCCCCUCCUACUCCGCGGGCCCUGUUAAGAAAUUACAUACCCUGUUUAGGACAGAUUCGCGCAAAAUUAUAUACCCUGUUUAACAAAGAGAGGACAAGGACUAUACCCUGUCCAGCGGCAAAUCCCCGUAAAGGCCAUAUAAGGGAGUACCCCGGGGGCCUUAAAGCAAUGGCUUUGCCCGAUUGUGCUAAAUGAAAAGCCUUAAAUAUAAAUCUAAAAUUACAGUCCAAACCGAUGUUUCCAUGAAAAUUUGUAUUACCAAGUAAAGCCGUAAGUGAAAGGGAGUUAAAGCUAUGGCUCCUUGACAAUUUGAAGUGAAAUAUAAUGAUCUUAAUGAAUUUCUUCCAAACUUAAACGUAUGGAAAUGGAUGAAAACACGUAGAUUGUUCUUCUCCUUAAUUUUAUGAGAGCAAAAACGUUUAUUGCUGCCUUGUUAAUUCCUUUGACAGGUGAAUUGAGUCGUCAUGACCGGACAACAAAGUCCACCAGAGAUCACUCGUGUUCUACUCGAGACAAAGGGAAUUAAAAACAAGAGUGUACCUUGGAAGAAUAUAGAGCUCCCGAUAGACUUUCUGUUGCUGACAGUGAACGAGUGGGAGUUUUUAAGUUGCCUUUCAUUCCUGAACCCUGAAUUCUUUAAGAGUUAUCACAAAAGUCUCGGAUUUGUGUUCUUCGGGGAUAUUGGUGAAGAUGAAGAGUCAAAGCUAAAAAUUGCCUUGAUGAAAUGCAGUGGGGGCUCGACCGGCCCUGGAGGCUCCACUGUUGCUGUUCAAAAUGCCGUUGCUGUCUUAAGGCCAAAAGCUGUUAUCAACGUGGGGUACUGCGCAAGUCUAAACCGCGAAAAAGCCAAAUUAGGAGAUGUGGUAGUUUCAGCAAAGCUAACAACAUACGCACCCAUCAAAGUUGGGGAGAAUGGUGAUAUUGAGGAACUAGGUCACAGUGUGCCUCCCAAAAAGCAUCUUGCGGACCUCAUAAAAUGUGUUGAUGACGGCUGGGAAGCACCUCUAAAAAAGCCAGGUGAAUUACGCGUGAAGGUAGACCGCGAUGGGGUAUUUCUGAGUGGGCCUGAGGAAGUCAAAAGUCAAGAACGAUGUGCCCAGCUCAGAAAGCGAUUCCAAAACGCUGUUGCAAUAGAAAUGGAAGGAGAAGGUAAUUUUGAAGAAAUACUACUAAAAAAUCGUUUAUCGACCUCUAGAUUUACACCAACGUUUCACAAUGGUGCUCGUAGUCUUCUGGCCUACUUUUAAAGGAGCUGUGUCACGAAAUUCAGCCAUAUUAGGUAAUUACAAAAUGCCUGAUCAAGAGAAACAAAAAUAACUGCUUAAAACGUUAAAGGAGGGUUGAAAUAACACAACGGAUACAACAGAUGCCACGGAUGGGCAAAACUGAAGAAGAUUGAAACGGAUUAAAAUUAGGGUUUUUGAAAACUGUUCAGCCUAACAGUUUUUCAAAGUUUAUCCCUGCUGUUUGCAACUUCAAAAAUAAUGCUCAGGAGACAUAUUUGUUUAUCUCGAAUUUCUGAUUUUCUCAUUUACAUGAAAUGUCUUUGCUUACUUUAAGUUCCAUAGCGAUUGAGGGCGAGUAAUAGGCAAAAUUAAACAAAAUGAAAUGGACUGCCGUGACACAGCCCCUUUAAGUUUUACAAAAGAGGAGAACUUUCUAAACUUUACCUUGGAAUUGUAUGCUCGUGUCUAGUUUUAAUUCUUAUUAAGCCAAAUGUAAUUUGCCAAACACAUCUCAGACAAAAGCUAAAUGUAGUCAGCAAACCUGCUUAAUAUGGAACCACUAUAUCAAGGUUAUCCAGUUCUUACGAGCCUAUAUUUUCUUUUAUCCCACUUGCUCUAUUUUUAGGCCUUUACGCAGCCUCACAUGCUCUAGACAUUGAGUGGAUCAUGAUUAAAGGAAUCUCUGAAUACGCAGACGGUAGCAAUGUUUCAUCAGACGCCUGGAGACGAUUUGCCAGUGUGAUGGCAGCUUCUUUGACUGUUAAUAUGCUCAGCGAGCCCACUGUUUUCGAAACGUGGCCUCAUUAUGGAGGUGAGGCUUGA